AUGAGAAAGCCAAUAUCAUUCUACAAUCAUUUUCAAUAUCGAACAACUCAUACGUGUCAAAAUCAUACAUCGAAAAUAUUCUUAACUAUUGCUGUUCUAUCAUCACAUGACCGUCUAUACGAAUAUCUACCAGCUAUAUUUGAAACAUGGCUAUUAACUGCAACAAUCGAAAUCGAAGUAAUUAUAUUUCUCGAAGAACAAUACGAGGGUACAGAAGAAUUUAUAGAAAAAUUAUUUUCAAAAUCUAAUAAACAUAUUCAAGCGUGUUUUUUUAUUGUGAAAUUAAAACAUGUGGAAAAUGAAUAUCCACCACAAAAGAAAAGUUUUUAUGCCAUGAAAUUUCUCUAUUCAUUUUAUCAACAUCGAACAUCAUGGAUAUUACGAUUAGACGAUAAUGCCUAUGUCAAUAUUCCUGAUUUAGUUAUAUGGCUUAAGUCAAUUGAUCAUCAACGAGCUUUAUAUAUAGGACAAGGAGGAACUGGUAGGAAAAGUGAAUCGACCAUACAUUUUGCUCCCGGAAAGUAUUUUUGUAUGGGCGGAAGUGGCGUUAUUCUUUCGCAACAAACUCUUAUACAAUUAGGACCUUGGCUUGAUCAAUGUUUUAAAUUCGAACUUCGCACCAAUCAUGAAGAUGUCGAGCUAGGUCGAUGUAUUUUAAUGCAUGUUAAUAUUGAUUGUACGAAUGCAUAUAAUUCGAAAUAUUUAUUUUAUCAUCAUUACGGUCCGCACUAUUCAUUUGGGCAUGAUUUUACACCAUCGAUUGUUUCUCCUGCAUUUACUCUUCAUCCAAUGCGCAAUCGAACUGUAUUUCAACAAAUCUAUAAUUUUUAUAAACGAAAACAGCAAAGAAAUGUAAAUUUCCCUUUAUGGAAACCAUCGAAUGGAGAAAAUUACGUUACGUUUUUAAACGCUAUAGAAUUCGAUCUCGUACGUGAUAUACAUUAUCAAUUAAUCGAUGCACGUUGGAAAUCAUACAUUAAUACAAGUUUUCAAUUGCAUUUAGAGCAUUUAAAACAACUUUGGCAUCGGCAAUCUAGUAAUUGGACGGUGGUUAGUGGUAAUUUUCUAUUAGGUUAUCAUCGUGUUAUACCACAACAUGGUUUAGAACUAAUAGUUGAAGUAUUUCUUAAUGUUCGUACGGUUAGUCUUUCUCCGUCUCGAUCAACUAUUGUUCGAAAACGAUUUCAUAUACGUCAACCUUUCGUUCAUAAGAACAAUUUUGAUUUUCGAGAAAUAACCAAUCUUAAUUCUAGAAAAGAAGAACAUAAAUUAAAUCUUAUUGUUGUUUCCAGUAAUAAAGAUCAAGCAUUAUCAAGAUUAAUUCGCAAUUUUCAACGAGAAAUUCUCACUUAUCCUGAUCUACAGCAGGAUUUUACUUUAACAAUACUUUAUUUUCAUCAGAAAAAUUCCAUAAUUAAUCAAAUAGAAAUUUUAUCCGUCAGAUAUCCAUCAUGUAUUCGUUUAAUGAUUGUUAAUGGUACUCAAUAUCCAUAUAAUCGUGGAUUUGGUCGUCACUUAGCAUCAAAAGAUUUUCCAAGUAACCAAUUACUGUUUUUUCUUGAUGUAGAUAUUAAAUUUACAAGACAAGCCUUAAUUAAUACUCGUCAUAUAAUGAUUCAUCAAUCAUCCGUAUCAUCGUGUGCAGUGUAUUUUCCGAUCAUAUUUUCUUCUUUCUCGGCAAAAUUUACUACUAAUAAUCGUUCAAUGAUCGCUGUCCACAAAGAUUCGGGUUUAUUUUCUAUUUAUGGCUUUGGAAAUGUAGCUGUACGUAAACGAGAUCUAGAGAGAAUUGGUGGAUGGGAAACGAGCAAUCAAUAUUGGGGCGACGAAGAUGUUAAUCUAUUCCAAAGAUUUGUUAAUGCUUCCACUGAAUGUUAUAUAUUUCGUGCGGUUGAACCAGGUUUCAGACAUUUUUAUCAUAAAAAAAUGUGCAAUGGUAUUAAAGAUGAAGUACGACUAAAAAUGUGUUAUGAUGCAGAAAUUCUUCUACUUGGAUCACAAGCAAACAUGGUUGAUCAUAUAAUUGAUAAUGAAAUGUUAAACCUUUAA